AUCACAGUCACUUUUAAUGCGGAUUCAACACGUUGCAGUUCCACUUUUUACCCACGAGGGUAGUGGUACGCUUUAGCAAUGCAGUGGAUUGUUGAUCGCUGAAUUUUGGUCCAAAAAUUAAUUACAAAAAUAUCUUAUUCACCCUAAGUUGGUAAAAAUGUGUACAUUUGUGAUAUUGGUAAAAUAUUCAGCACACAUGUACCACUGUUAAAAAAAAAAGCCCACAAUUUGUAAAUGUCAUGUUUCACUGAUGUUUUUUCGUCAAGCAUUCGCGUUUUGUAAUUUGUUGGGUGGUCCUUGACCACACCAUAGUUUGAGAAAAAUGCACGCGUGAAACUUACAUUUAACUUCUCUGAUUCCAUCUAUUCAUGGAUCAUCUUACGUUAUCAUUCGUUAGUGGUGAGUACCUAUACAUUGCAUGCAUCGUUUAUCUUGUGGCAGCAGUUCAGUGACUGAGACUUCAUCUUGGCCACUAGCGGCCAUCUUUGUCCAUGUGUGUGUUUUUCUGGGCCAGGCUUGAGAUGGCCUGGGCCAGGUUGUUGAUGGCCUCGAUUUUCCUCUCCUCCAGAGCCUUCUGCUGGGCCCACAUCUUCAGCUUCCUCUCCUGCAGCUCCAUGUACAGCUGCAGGACGUCCUGCGGAGGCCGUGGGGAGCCGGAUGAAGCUGCACCAGUGGGUGAUGGCAGAAUUGGCGUGAACCUUUUGCUCGCCAUGGCCUUUCCCACCUUAGUCCCGCUCAACUUGGCCUGCCGCAGGUUUUGGAUCUCCUCCUGGCUCUUACCCAGGACCUCGUGCAUCCUCCUGAAGAACUCCCAGUGGACACUGGCCUCCCCCAGCCUCUUGGCCCUAGCGGCGUUCUUCCUGUAGGUGGUCAACAUGUUUCUCCACUUGAGGUCGCACUCGUAGGACUUCACGGUGACGUCGCCCCCAUCGGGCUCCCUCAGCUUGGCAUUCACUUUCUCUGCCACCGUCUCCCAAAGUUUCUUUUUCUUGCAUAUGGGCUGGUCGAAAGCCUGAUCCAUUUCAAGUCUGGUGUUUACAAGAUGCCAUGUGGCCAGCAAGGUCCAUACAAACUCUGAAGGUUGAAUAAAUGGAGUAAUUUUGAAAUCAGGUUUCAUAAAUAGAUAUUCACACACACAAGUUUCGUUGUAUUGUUUAUAACAGUAUUCAGUGCCCCUACUGGAGCCUGCCAGGCUACCUUUCGUCAUCGAUGACUCACAAACAAACUUUUACUACAAGUGCUAAAAUACUAACCUGCUUUAGUUUUAUCGGCGCCCGCAAUGGUAACAGCCGUUUCCACUCCCUCUACUUCUGAACCCUGAAUCACAAGUGUUCCGAUAUUGUCCAUGUUGUUAACUCACAACCAUAUCGGUGAAUGCGCUGGCGUACAAACGAUGUCUCUAGCGUGGAAUUUAACAACGCCUCGAAAGCAGGCUGACGUAUUGGGUAAACAAGAGACAUCAUUGUGUAGCCUAUAUUUUGGGAACUGUAGUCCUAUUUGCUGCACGCAUCGUCGAUUAUUAUCGUUAGCGUGUAUCAAAAAACUACAAUCCCGAAACUCCACCAGCUGUAUUGUGGCUGUAUUGCCGAUGGGAUUGUAGUUUUCGCUGGCACGACUUGCUCAACCUGAAGCGACUCGGCGCGAAAUGUGGACUACAACUCCCAUCGUCUAUUUGAGCGAGCCCUCCUCUCCGCUCCCUACUUCCUUCCCCUAGUCGUCCCUGUCUUCUUGUUUGGCUAAAGAUGGCGUUAGCGGCUAACACAGGCGAUUGCAUUUUGUGUCACACAAAUUAUUCGAUCAGUGGUGGCACAGCAUCGAGCGGUCAUAGCUUUGCCUCGUCACUUAACAUGUGAAAAUAUGAUACAUUUGGCGAACACACGUCAGGUAGCUAGAAAAACGGUUGGCUGGCCUUCAGCACGACGUAGGCCUGUUUUGCGGGGAGCGGAGCGAAGCAACUGGAACUUCAUUUCCAAUCAGCCACUGCGGCAUCAGGCGGUACAGACUUCUUUUGUAUGCUGGGACUUGUAGUUUUAUGACCAUGUGAAACUUGAAAAUAAUGUAUGAAUGGACACUGUUAGACUACGUUUGACCUGUUUUGUUGUUUAAAUGACUAAUUGUUUGCUGGAAACAUCCAAGCAAUGCUCCACGUUUGGAAUAACGUUUUUGUAAGUUAAAGCAAGUAUAUCAAAGAGAUAAGUAAGUGCCUGGCAAGGCAACCAUGGCUGCUUCUACCAUGCAAGUUGGCUGGAAGCAAUCUCGACCAUCUUCCAGGGAGGGCUCUCCAUCAUCGCCAGAAUUAUCUUUAACUUGGUGUCUGGCCCACCUGUCCAAAGCAGCCGCUGGUGUUGAACACCCGGGUCACGGCAAAGCAGAGUCAGGAGGUGGCAGAGAGCUGGACAAGAGGUCCAGAUACUCUCAGUGGCGAGCUCUGGUCGGCAUCCGGAUGCACCACAUAAAGGGCGACAAGGCUGGCAUCACCAGAUUCCGAACUCGGGAUGGUCUCCGACCCUUGUUGGACCUGCUCAGCCACCCGGAAUGCUCUGGGAAAACUCUGGACCUGGCUCUCAGCAUCCUGGCCAACUGCUGCACUGAAUUUGAAACACGUAUAGAGGUUCGUAAGCUUGAUGGAAUAAAUAUAGUUGUGGACAUCAUGAAGAAAAACGUGGCCCAGGAGACCAUCCAAAACCGAGCUGCACGGGCUUUGGGAAAUAUGGCAAUGGACUCUGAGAGCUCUGCGCUCAUCCACUCGGCAGGUGGCGUACCUCUUCUCCUGCUCUGUGUGUCGUUGUCCUCCGCCCCAUCUUCCCCCCCUGCAGCUUCACCCAAAGACUCUUGUCCUAAACUGCAGAGCGCUCAGUCGGCCGCUCGCGCCCUCCUCUACCUCUCAGAUACGCCCUCAAACCGCCUGGCGCUGCUCACUCAAGGGACCUUAUCGGCCCUUGCCCCCCUCAUCGCUCCAGAAUACCCUCAGGGCUUGCGGCGGGCUGCCCUCAAGACCCUCCACGAGCUCACCCGGGGAUGCAGCCUAAAAUGCGCCCGGGAGGUGUCUCGCUCAGGAGUCCUGACCCAGCUGGGCGUCAUGGCGUCCGGAGAGGCUGGGAAGCCUUUUGAGCAGCUGGCACUGAAAACGCUGGCUAACGUGUGCUUUCAAGGCUGCUUGCGCCCCCUCGUGGGGUCACUCGGGGUCAUCCCGAGGUUCAUGGAGGAGGUGAAGAAGGAUCAGCUCAAGUCGGGAGUCUUCCUCAAGGCAUUGUGCUUGUGCUGCAAGGAGGCGGUCAACCGGAUCAAGGUGAGCGAGCACGGCGGCUUGGAGGUGUUGAUGAGCUUUUUGGCCGCCCACCCGAGUCACCCCCUCUCACGGCUCGUCAUUCUGGCCUUCGUGGACUUUGUUUUCGACGAGGACUCCCUGGAGCAGUUACAGGAGUUGGGGCUGGUCCCCCUGCUAGUUGCCCGCCUCGUGGCGCUCACCACAGGGGAGGAGCCGUCAGCUAAGAAGAUGGAUGUUGGUGUCGCCUCCAGCUCGUCUCUCGCCGACUUCAUGUCAUCGUCAUGCUUCGAGUCCUACGACUUCCCGACUCUUGAGGGCUCCAGACAGGAGGAUGGUGGCAGGGAUCAAGGUUCCUCAAGCUUUUUAAGUCUCAGGUCCUGGCUGCUGUCUGAGGGAAUGAUCUCCUCUGAAGAGGACCUGCUGGACUCAUCAAGCAGCGCAGACGGGCAGUGGACAUCCACGUUUCCUCAAGUCUCCCCAAACCCUUACAGCCUCUCGUCUCUUAAAAGCACCUCUCCUUUCAACGCCGUUACUUCCUCUACCUCGAAAAAAGACACUCAGCUCACCUCAUCAUCGCCUUGGAAAGUCAGUGAUUCUCCUCCCUCGAGUCCACAACCGACCCAAAACAGCCUCCCCACCAUUUCUUCCCCUUCUACCAUGACACAGAACCACCCUGUCUCACCUUCCGAGUUCUCGGAGCCCUUCAAUAGACGGCAGCACUUGGUGCUUUCUUCGACUGCAAAAGUCACGCUUGACACUCCUCCGUCUGCGCUCCGCCCACCGGUUUACUACCACCCAUAUCACCCCGAGCCCUGGACGCCCGAGUCGCCCAUCCUGUUGCUGCUCUCGCGUUUCUCGUAUGUCGCCGACCCCACCCCGACCCUGGUCACCUUGGGCACUGUGUCCGGCCUGCUCCACUACCUCACGCACCACAAGCACCCCCGAAGCUGCUGCUUUCGACUGCUGUGCCGCCUCAGCUGCAACCCCAACUGCUUUGAGACGUUGAUCCGCACCGGCUUGGUGCCGCUCAUUCACCACCAUCUUUGCCAGAGGGAGGGCGGGGCCGGAGGGCAGACGGAGCAAGUGAGAGCCAAAGUUAAACAACUCGGUCUGACUCUCCUUAAUAAUCUCCAAGUCCAGUGCGAGUCGAGUUUCGGUUCGGGUACCCUGGCUCACGUGAUGCUGGCGGGCUCCGAGUCGCACAAAGUCAAAUGUGCGCUCUCUCUGCCCUUAAUCAGCAGUAACAAGUCUCUCUUGAGGAAACUUCUCCUGGACACUGGCGGCCUCCUCUUGGCUCUGAAGCCUCUUGGUUGCCACGACGACAACAACGAUGACGAUGACGAAAGCCACACUUGCGAAUGUGGGCAGCUGCUUUCUUGCUAUGGCGGCGUGCCGUAUUCGGACCCGACCUCCACGCUCCACUCGCUGUACUAUUAUCUCCUGAUUGGAUGCUUGUCUCCUCUGGUGACUAGCAUCAAAUCGGAUCCGGACCCGAUGAAAAGCCAAGAAGCUUUUGAAGCCGACGCAGCAGCGCCCCCUCCCUCCAAAAAGCCUCGCCGUGCCGACAUGUGCCCGUAUGGCACCUCGACCUUUGACCUACUCCUCCUGCUGGACGACGGGACAGAGAUCCCAGCCAACAGGGAGGUCGUGGCCGGCCUGAGGGACCUGGACGAGGUCGGCUCAGAGUACUUCAGGGCUCUGCUGACGGGCGGAUUCGGGGAAGCUCACGCCAAUGCCGGAGAAGCCAUCCGCAUUAAAGACGUGAGCAAAGGAAUGUUGCUACCAGUGCUACAUUACCUGCAUGGAUGUCGCCUGGCAAAGAACGUCGAAGCGUCAAGCGAGGCCGAGGAAGGGCGAUGCCAGUUUUUAGACAAAUUGGUGCUGGAAGGCCUCGCUUCCUAUCAAACAGAUACUGAGGAGCUGACCUUCCAAAAGAAUCCGUUAGGUGAGACCAUGGUGGGAGCUUGCAGAUUCUUGGCCAUGGAGAUGCAGAAAGAGUUGGAGGAUCUCUGCGUGUCCCGUCUCCUUUCCCCCUGCCCCAACGAGACUGUAUCAGCUCCAUCAGAGGACCACGCAGCAGCGUCCCCUGCCGGACUGAACCGAGACCACCUGAAGACUACUGAGGAUCACCUGGCUAACAGGACAUCUGAGCUGGUCUUGACUUGUGUGGAAAUGGAAAUAGAGAACCUAUCAGAAGAGAUGUCCGUGCUAACAAAAGCUUCCGGUCACCAAAAAGGAAGUAAAAAACCGAGAGGACGGAAAGCGAACACAACUCCCAAAACCCGGGAGAGUUCAAAAUCAGGUGUGUCAGGGGAUUCAGGAAUAAAAGAGGUAAAAAGUUCAGCAAAGCACCCCAACUCACAUGCAAAUUCCCUCCCCACCUCGGAGGAAAGAGGAGGAAGAGGCAGAGGUGUCCGUGCCCCUCUCCUUCCUCAGGUGUACUGGUUCGCUCUGCACUACAACUACCCGGUGAUGCGUCGGGCCUGUCUUACGCUGCUGCUGGGCUCCCCGGACGGGGGGCGGCAGCUGUACUACUCCCCCCGCGAGACCGCAGACUGUCUACAACGAUUAGCGAGCCAGGCCGAGUGCACAGACACGCUCAAACAGGAUCUACUCGGUCUGGCUGCAGACGCUCUGACGUGAAACCACCAAGAGUAACGUGACUGAAAGUCACCAUGUAAUACUUGUAUGCAUGUCGCUUUAUUUUGGAAGCUUUUUUUUUUUUGGAGCCUAAUGGUAUACUUCCUGACUAAUUUUUUUAAUGUUUUUUUUUUUUAAUGCGAUAUGAACUGUCUCUAUCUCUUUGAUUUAAAGUCAUAUUGCUGGAAGUACCAGGAUUAUCAGGGUCGCUUGUUUAUUAUUUUGUACAUAGAGAUCAGGUGGAACGGCAGCAGUAGAUUUCACCUGCCCAGUAUCAUUUGAUGCCACUGAAAUAUAUAAAGACAUUAUGACACACAA